UAGAUCUAUGCUACAGUCUUCACAUUUUACUUGUCGUAAUCUUAGAUCCUCAGAUGUCAAACAAAAAAAAAUAAACAUCCUCUUCUUCCUAUGUCUUUGUGAACUCAAGUUUUAGUUUUUGUUUUGGUUCCAAGAUUUUUUCUCUCCACUUCUUCUGGGAAGGUUCUUGGGUGCACCUGUCCUACGGAUCCCUAAGAAAAGACCAGGUUUCUAAAUUUAGAUAGUGUCUAGAGAUAUCAUUGGUAUUGGAUAAGUUUCUAGAAAUGGAAAGUUCCAAGAACAACAGAGUGGAGAAAAGAGGGCACGAGCUAGUUGAUGAGGAUGACGAUUCACAGCACCGUCUUACACAUCCAAAGAAACCAAAACUACCCGGUUUAGCCAGUGUGAUUGUGGAAGCAUUAAAGGUGGACAGUCUGCAGAGACUAUGCUCAUCUUUGGAACCUCUUCUCAGAAAAAUUGUCAGUGAAGAAGUGGAGCGUGCUUUGGCAAAAUUGGGCCAUGAUAAAUUGGCUGAAAGAUCUCAGCCACCGAGAUUAGAAGGACCAGUGCCGAAGAAUCUGCAGCUUCAGUUCAGAACAAAAAUGCCGCCUCAUUUGUUCACUGGGGGAAAGGUUGAGGGAGAGCAAGGAUCUGCAAUCCAUGUUGUGUUAAUGGAUCCCAACAGUGGCAGUGUGGUUCAUGUUGGACCAGAAUCUGUUGCGAAAUUGAAUGUGGUGGUACUUGAAGGUGACUUCAAUGAGGAAGUGGAUGAUGAUUGGACAAAAGAGCACUUUGAAGGGCAUGAAGUAAAGGAGCGUGAUGGGAAAAGGCCACUUCUAACUGGAGAUUUGCAGGUUACUCUGAAGGAAGGGGUAGGAACCUUAGGUGAUCUUACUUUCACUGACAAUUCUAGCUGGAUAAGAAGCAGAAAAUUCCGGCUUGGUGUUAAGGUUGCUCCUGGUUAUUGCGAGGAGAUUCGUAUUCGUGAGGGAAAGACUGAAGCCUUUGCAGUUAAAGAUCACAGAGGAGAACUAUACAAGAAACAUUAUCCACCUGCUUUGAAUGAUGAAGUUUGGAGAUUGGAUCGGAUAGCUAAGGAUGGGGCACUUCACAAAAAGUUGAUUCAAGCAAAAAUAGUAACUGUAGAAGAUUUCCUACGACUUCUUGUCCGCGAGCCACAGAAGUUAAGAAGUAUACUCGGUAGUGGAAUGUCCAACAGAAUGUGGGAGAGUACUGUGGAGCAUGCCAAGACAUGUGUCUUGGGUGGCAAGCUCUUUGUUUACUACACCGACGAAACCAAUGCCGCUGGCAUUGUAUUCGACCAUAUAUACCAGCUGAGAGGCCUCAUUGCAGAUGGCCAAUUCUUCUCUUUGGAAUCACUCACUCCAAAUCAGAAGAUGUCUGUGGAUUCCCUGGUGAAGAAAGCAUAUGACAAUUGGGAGCAAGUUGUAGAAUAUGAUGGAAAAGUUUUAAAUUCGCUCACUAAUUCAAAAAAGGGAUCAAGAGCUUUAGCCACUCAGAUAAUGAACCAUAACAGUUUCCCAGAGCAGCAGUAUUCCUCAGCAAAGAACAAGGUCUCAUAUGUCUCCUCUGAACCAAACCAACACUCGCAGAUAACAAAUAACUACUCAGCAAGUCCCGGUUUGGCAGACUAUCUAUUCGGGAGAUCUGACAAUCAGAUGGUAGGCACAUCUUUAACUGACUCUCAGAUAUCAUUGAAUGGCAGCAUGAACUACAUAACAGGUGAAAAUCAUGACAAUGGUGGUGCUUAUUUCGCUGGAGAUUGGUCCCGACCAAGAAGUGGACAAGGGUUGGAAGACAUUGUGGCAGAAGAACUCCGUCUGAGGAGUUCAGAGAUGUUGGAGAGUGAUGAUAUGCAGAGGUUACUUAAGACAAUCAAUGGUGGUCAUUCUAAUGAGGGUUGUUACACCUAUAGCCUUCAGUAUGAGCCUCAGAUGUAUCAUUCAUUCGGUGAGGAUCAGGGAAAGCCUUCAGGGAAAGCUGUAGUGGGGUGGCUUAAGCUCAAAGCUGCUUUAAGGUGGGGCAUUUUUAUCAGAAAAAAAGCUGCAGAAAGGAGAGCACAACUCACUGAACUGAAUUGAGUUAUAUGCUUCAAACUGCAACAUUUUUAACUCAUUUCAUUUCUAUCUGACAGACAAUUGCUAGCUGAUAUUGCUUUUGGAAUGUGACAAAUUACAAUGCAUAGAACAAUUUGAGAAAACAAAUAAAAAAGGUUAAAUAAGUUGUACAGAUGUGGCAUUCAAGGUUUGAAUAGCAGUAACAAAUAAUUGGAAAACGCAACCUAAGACUUGCUUCAGCCGUAACAGACCAUACAGCUUGUGAGAUUAUUAUAGAUAUCAGGCAGCACUGUCAUGUAACAGGCUCUCUUAUUGUGGCAUUUUGUUUGUUUUUCUAUUUUUAUUGUGUAAUUUAGUUAUGAAUUCAUUUUCGUUCCUUACUUUUUCAUUAACUGAUCAAGAGUCUGUAUCUAAUGGUUCUUGUUUUUUCAUUAUUUUCUGAUAUUGUACCAUGACUUGUUUGUGAGCACUUACCAAAUGUAAUAAAAUGAAUUCUACUGAAGAAUAUUUGACAA